GAAUCAGCGACAAUAGCGGACGUGGAAAGUCGAUACGUCGGCGGUUGUAUCAACAAGUGACCUUUUUCAUACCAACUUUACCACCAUACAUACCCACACAUACACGCAGAUACAUACAUACAUACAUUUCGUGUCGUACUUCGUCUCAUACACACGGUGAUAUAAACAUAUUUACAAGUGGUUUUCAAAUAAACAGAAAAAAAAAAAAAAAAAAAAAAUUGAAGCAAAAAAGAGCGCCCUCUGGCUCUGUGGGUCUGCAGCGGUAUAUUGAAUUCUACUCAAUUCAGUUGUGUUACAGUUUUGAGUUGGAGAAAAAUAUAAAAAAAAAGAGAAAAACAACAACAGUAAAUGAAAUUAUGCAGAUGAUUUUUGUAUAAAAUAAUAAUAAUAAUGAUAACAAUAAUAACAGUCGCAAAGUGCAUAGAGCGUAUUUAUGUACAUAUUUAUACGUGGAAAAUAGUGCAACAACUGCAAUAACAACAAAAGAAUAACUGUGAGUUUAUUUGGGAAAAGUGAUUUAAUUCACCGGAAGUUCACUUACCAAGAACCGUAUCAUGUAAUCUACACAUAUUAAAACAUGAAAUGCGGUCGUUGUUGUUGUACAUCAUAAAUAUUCGAUAAAGAAUAACAAUUUGCCAAACGAAUAAAAAUUCGCAAAGCAACGUCUCACGCAUGCGUUCGCGCUUAGAGCAUCACGUGCGCGUUUCCGCUGUUCCAAUGCAUGUUUUUCAAUGUUUGAGCACUUAAACUUGGUGUGUUUUGUGCAUGAUUUUGUGUGCAAAUUUAUGGAAAGUAAUUCAAAUAAAAAAAAAUUGAGGUUAUAAUUAAAUACAUAUGUAUAAUUAGAGAAGUUUGUUUAAGAAGUCAAAAGAAAAAAUAAGAGAAAAAAAUACAAAGAAAAAAUAAAAAUUAGAAAGGAAAAUUGGCAAAAAUUGAAAACGAGUAUUAAGUGAAUUUUUAGUGCAGAAAUAUACAUACAUACUCGUAAGUGAGCAAGAAACCAUUGGUAUAAUUUUUUUUAAAUAUUUUUAACUGCAACAAAGUGAGUGCAUACAAAAUAGUGCAGCUCCCGUGCAGCGUGCGCUGAAAGUGAAUACUACACGCAUUCAAACAUUCAUACCUGCAUACAUACACGCGAAUAAGUUAAGAUAAAAGUGUGCGUGCGAGUGCAUAAAAUUGCAUUUACAUACAUACAUACAUAUACAUACUUGCAUCGCACACAACAAGGAAGACGGUGAACAAGUGCACAAUCGGCCGCUGCCGAGUGAGAGUGAAAAAUCAUUGGCGUCCGUCCAUUGCGGAACUUUAUAGUGUAUGUACAUAUAUAUCUGCUUUCGAACAGCAGCCGCAAUAUUAAAGCGAAGAAAAAAAACAAACAAAAAAAAACAAAUAAAAAACAAUAAAAUACGCGUCGGUAGCAGUUAACACAGCACGCGAAUAACUUGUAUUUAUUGAACGAACUUAGUUAGUUUAGUAGCGCCAACAGAAUAGCAUAACGGUAUUGGUGAGCAAGCUAACAGCAUCUUCUACUAUACCUUGAGCUUUUGCUAACAAGUAAUCAUAAUUACAAUAACAACAACAUGGAUAGUACAUCUUCAUCACCAAGCACAGCCGAUACGGCCAACAGUAGUGGCGGCAGCAGCAGCAGCAGCAACAGCAACAGCAGCAGCAACAACUCAGAUGCCAAUUUAUCGUUUUGCUUCGUACGGGGUUCCGAUCCACGUGCGGCCACAUGUCGUGGCAAGUUGCAGAGUCGUCGCUGCAAAUUGAAUCAGGAAAUCAAUAAGGAACUACGUUUGCGCGCUGGCGCUGAAAACCUAUUUAAAGCCACCACAAAUCGCAAGCUACGCGACACAGUUGCUCUAGAAUUGAGUUUUGUUAAUUCAAAUUUACAACUAUUGAAAGAACAAUUGGCUGAGUUGAAUUCAUCGGUGGAAAUCUAUCAGAGUGAUAGUCAUGAAAGUGUGAUGCCAAUGAUACCACUUGGCUUGAAGGAGACAAAGGAAAUUAGUUUUAUGGAACCAUUUUCAGAUUUAAUAUUGGAACAUUAUAGUGAAGAGCCGUCCUUGUAUGUGGACGCCAUUGCCGAUAUUACAGAUACCAGACAGGCUUCUAAAACGCCCUCACGUGAUGCCCAGGGCGUGGCUUUGCUUUUCCGUUAUUACAAUUUAUUGUAUUAUGUUGAACGGAGAUUCUUUCCGCCGGAUCGAAAUUUGGGCGUUUACUUUGAGUGGUAUGAUUCGCUAACUGGCGUACCGUCUUGUCAACGCACCAUAGCCUUCGAGAAGGCCUGCACGCUCUUUAAUCUGGGCGCUAUUUACACACAAAUUGGCGCACGUCACGAUCGCACCACCGAAAAGGGUUUAGACGCUGCCGUGGAUAGUUUCCUACGUGCCGCCGGCAUAUUCCGACACAUCUACGAUACAUUCACCAAUGCGCCCUCGAUGGAUCUGAAGCCGCAAGUUCUGGAUGUACUCGUCUCGUUAAUGCUAUCGCAGGCACGUGAAUGUCUCUUCGAGAAGUUGCAGCUGCAAAUUGAGGCACUCGGCCUCACCGAGUCCAGUCAUCUUUUCAAAGACUUGUCCGGCGAAGCGGCGCAGCUGACACUCGAAUAUAAUGAAAUGCACAAAAAUAUACAAAUGAACGAUACACACACAUACUUGCCGGAGUGUUGGGCCGGUCUGGUGCCGCUGAAAGCUGAGUUCUAUAAAGCACUUGCUCACCAUUAUGAGGCGUGUAGCGUUGAUAUUGCCGCCGACAAGUCAUCGCUCAGCACCAAAAAGAGUCAAGCCACCUCACAUGGCGGCACCGCCAACGAGUCAUUUAUCGGUAAUGCGCGGGAGGCGCUACGUGCUGCGGCCGCUGCUUUUGAGGAGAGCGAAGAGGAUGCAGCGAGUGCGACGGCACUGAAACGCGCCCAUUUGAAGGAGUCGCUCGCUAGUCAUGAAGAGACGCAACGCCUGCAGCGUAUGUGCCGCUUUUUGAAGAACAAAUUAAGUCUGACGCAAGUUUUGAAGGAAGCCCAUUAUAAAACACAAGAUGAGUAUGAGAAAUUUCUCGAAGAAGCGCCAGAAAACGAUAUACAGGAGGAUUUUCAUGUGAUAGAAGUUGUCAAUGAAGCCUGUUCAAAAUUCACCCUCACCCUAACCGGUCCCGACUUUACAUCACACAAAGUGGAGGAUCCCUUCAAACGCCUCGGCCCCAUUGCGAUAUUCUCCGCACGUCGUCAUUGGACUGCGCCGCGUUGUGUACGCUUGCAGAAAGGCUCUUCCAUAUAUCAUGAGAAUGCGCACGCACAUUAUCGUUGUCAUUGUCCCACACCAAAUGAAGGACACGAAGUUGGCUGCAGUCAAUACAAAGAGGAGCUGGAGAGUUUCGGUUUUCAUGUGCGUGGCGAUGCGCCGGUUAUUAUAGCUCAUGUGGAAAUUAAUUCUUUGGCGGAUUUGGGCGGUAUUAAGGAAGGCGAUUUUAUUGUGGAAAUUGCUGGCAUCGAUGUCAAAUGGUACUCUCACCAACAGGUGGUGCGCUUAAUACAGUCGUGUGGCAGUACGCUGGAGUUGAAAGUCAUUACGCCAAUGGAUAGGAAUUAUUUAAAGCCCCUAUCAUCGAAAGGCUCCAUUUCCACGCUCUCCGCUGCCAGCUCUUCCGGCGUCUCCUCUGGCUCUUCCAGUCCAACGGGCACAACAACAAAACCCAAGCCACGUUUCAAAACCACAUCGCCGAAGAGCCGCCUGGGCAGUCUAUCAUCAAGUUCAUGGAAUCCGUUUAGACGUACGCCAAGUUUGGCGAAAAUAUUUUGAAAAACCUUCUUAUUAUUUUAUAUUUUAUUAGUUUUGUUCAGAGAUGCUCCACUAACAAAACAAUGCCAUUUCCUUUGGUUGCUAUGGAAAA